UCGUUAUAUAAAACCCACAUGUAGGUGAGUGUGAGCGUCUGAACCAAAAUACUUGACACUGCCAGGGGUUAAAGCACCUAUACAGGGCGUCCAUCAUGGUGAGAGCGUGGUAUCUGGAAAGUGAUGCCGGCGGCGUCAAAGUUCUGUCGCAGGAGGAUGGCCGGAUGGAGUUGCUUGGCGUGGAUGAACUGACAGAGAAGACUGGGUUGUUGUUCUGGACGGCAAGUAGAUAUAACAGAUUGUUUUCUUCGUACUGCUGUCGAACUAGACAUGAAAUAGAUGUGGACAACAUAAAAAACAUAAAAGAGAACGAGACGCUGAAGAAGAUAAAGCAAGAACGCGGCUACACGUGGGAAGACGACAUUGAGAUCUCGAAGAGAACUCUUCCAGACUUCGAAGAAAAGACGAAGGCUUUCGCCACGGAGCACAUGCACCCGGAUGAGGAAGUCCGUUUGGUAUUGGACGGUACUGGGUUCUUUGACGUCCGCGAUCGUGAAGACCGCUGGAUACGUCUGCAGUUUCAAAAAGGAGACAUGAUAGCGCUACCUCCCGGCAUGUACCACAGGUUUAACCUCGGUUCAGACGAGGGUUACCUUAAGCUCCACCGUAUUUUCUCCACAGUGCCACAGUGGACUGCACACAACCGUAUAGCAGACGACUAAUCUGCAAGACAAGCCCACACCGAAAAACGUUGCCAAGAGGCUGGUCUUGGACGCGCGGUACAUUUUUAUGUAAAACAUAGGGCUAACUGUUUGAAUAAUUUUGUUCUUGUUUUGUGGUUGAUUGUUUGGUUUUUAAGCCACUUGUUUUAGCAAUAAUUUUUGAUAGAGUGCACGAUGUCGGUCUGAUAGUUUAUUUAUUUAUUUAUUUAUCUAUUUAUUUAUUUAUUUAUUUAUUUAUUUAUUUAUUUAUUUAUCUAACAUUGUCGUGAAUAAUAUAGGCAUGAACUUUAAGAAUUUACGAAAUCCGCAAUAAUUUAAAGACAAUUUCAGUUUUAUACAUGAAUUUCCAAAUGUUGUCAUUUUGCGGUUUAAGCAGCUCUUAGAGAAAAAAAAAGACCUUAUGCAUAUUA